UCCCAUGCUGCUCAUCCCGGUUAGGCCCGUCUGAAUUUUCUCUCUUUCCGUUUCCAACUUCCUUCCUUAUUGCCCUUAGCAAACCACUAUAACCCGACUUUUUCUUGUGACGCCUCAUGCUUCCUUCGACAGCAAGCCUGUCAAUUCGGAUUCCUUCCCGUUCCGUCCCUGCCGUGUGUUAACGCGAGACGAAACCACCCCAGGAAGUACAGCACAGCACAGCACAGCACAGUAACUUCUACGGUUGCUUGGCCUAGGCCGCUAGAUAACGACCGAUCUCUCUCACCACCUCUCCCUCGCCCGUCCCCCCUCCUUUUUCUCCUUUUCUCCUCUCCACCAUGCCGCCAGCCUCUGAGCCCCAAGGCAACCUGGCCACCAACCCAGACGCCUCUGCAUCUUCCUCGUCCAACGCCGCCCAAGAUGCCUCGGGACGACAGCCCGCCGCCGCCUCCUCCACCUCCGCCGAACUCGCCAGUGCAAAGAUAAGCCUCGAGAAGUCCCUGCGGCGCUUCCCCGACUUCCCUAUCCCCGGCAUCAACUUCCUGGAUAUCAUGCCAUGGUUCCUCGACCCUGCCGUCCACGCAACCCUCCUCCGCUCCCUCGAGCUGCAGCUCCUCCACUUUGGCGGCACCGAUAACGCCAUCAAGCCCGAUGUCAUCGUCGGCCUGGAUGCCCGUGGCUUCCUCUUCGGCCCCAGCCUGGCUCUCCGCCUGGGCGCCAGCUUCGUGCCUGUCCGCAAGAAGGGCAAGCUGCCCGGGCCCUGUGUCACCGCCGAGUACAUGAAGGAGUACGGCGCCGACUACUUCCAGAUGCAGGAAGGCGUCAUUAAGCCCGGCCAGAAGGUCCUUGUCGUAGAUGACAUUAUUGCUACUGGUGGCUCUGCCGCGGCCGCUGGCGACCUGAUCAAGCAGCUGGGAGGCAGCUUGGUCGGUUUCCUUUUUAUCAUUGAGAUUCCCUUCCUCAAGGGACGCGACAAGCUCGACAAUGUCCCUGUCGUGACUCUGCUCGAUGUGAACGAAUAAGCCGCCCAAUCAAGAUGAUUCGAAGCCCGAUUCGACCACGUCAGGCGGACAGCUGUCUAGCCCACCCUUGGUUGCGCCUCACCUCCGGUUUCAUCGGCUAAACGGUCCGACGCCCCAUAUCAAAAUCUCACCAGAUGGCUAGGCUUAUCGCCCACCCCGACCGUCCGGGACCUUUUCCACAUAAGUGCGUUCUGAAUCGAGAGGCUAUUGUUUUAACAUCAAGACUGGACGGAUCAUACCCCAUUGUGCUCGUUUGUCGUGGCUUUCUUCACGUUGCUUGGUCUUGCUCACAACUACGAGUUCUGACGGCGAUGACCGGGCGGGUGAUGGGGGGGGGGACGCCAAGAUCGACCGGCUGUCAAUGUGCAUAUUGUGGUACGAUUGGUGAGGAUCAACUGCGGAAAUUUAGAUCGCUCCAUGAACGUUUGGGUGGACAUUUGGCUGGAUAGACUUCGGCGUUUAAGGUCUCGAAAAGUGCUCAUCUUUUGACGAGUCCUGCCAACAUGUUUUGGUUUUAUGUCGACAGUGUCAUUUCCAUGGCCCAAGAGCAACAUCUCUCCAAUGAGAUUGCACCUCGGCAAAACAUUCAUAGACCGUUCUGCUGCUCGCAAUAGACCAUUUCAAACC